UCUUUACGAUGGCGUCAUCGGAGAUGGAGGAUCUUAUGUUUGGCGAGAUCUGCCGAUGCUGCAUGGCUAGCAAACCCCGCAUGAAGCCUCUGUACGAAACCAACUUAUUCACAAUGCUCAACGCCAUCACCGGACUAAACGUGCAUCAAAACGAUGGACUACCAUCGCAGCUUUGCGUACCGUGCAUGCUUCAGAUCAGACGUUCCCACUUCUUCAAGCUGCAGUGCGAAACUACGGACCUAACUUUACGUAGCUACGCGAUAGAGACGACGAAACUUGAGCCAACGAUGGAUGAAGGCGGGAACAUAAAAAAGAAAGCCGAUUCCUCAUCGAAAAACGAUAGCCAAAUUGAGAAGGUAUAUCCAACCACCACCACAACUAAUACGCUGAUAAGACAACCGCUAUCCAUAAAAUUUUUCUGCCAGGAGUGUUCGAAAGAGUUUGAAACGGACAAAAAGCUGAAGCGCCACAUACGUACGCACUACGUCGAGAAGCCACACGCGUGCCACGUAUGUGGGGUGGCAUUUCUGGAGAAGUGUAAUCUUAACAAGCACAUGCUCAAGCACACGGGCGAAUUACGGAACAGCACGGAUAAGCCGCACCUGUGCUGUGAGUGUGGAAAAUCUUUCAAGUACAGUACCUCACUGUCACGACACAAACGGUUCCACGCACAGCGUAAUCUGUUCGAUUGUCCGAUCUGUUCGAGAUCGUACGUCGAGCAAAGCUCACUCGAUGUCCACAUACGGACACACACGAACGAGCGACCGUUUCUGUGUGUCACCUGCAACAAAGCAUUCUCGUUGAAAGCUAAUCUCGAACGGCACGAGCGGACACACACGGGUGAAAAACCCUACAGCUGUGAUCUGUGCGGCAAGUGCUUCUCGCAGAAGAGCUACCUGUGCAUUCACAAGCGGAUACACGCGAGAGAAAAACCAUUCAGUUGUCCUAACUGUAGCAUGUGCUUUGUUUCGCGCAAUGCGCUGCUAAAACAUCAGCAGAAACCGUGCUCGACCAGCGCGCACCGAUGUAAUACGUGUGAGAAAACGUUCCGCUACAAGAGCCGGCUUCGUUUGCAUCGGCGGACCCAUCAUUUAAAAAAUGUCGCUUACCCUUGUCCGAUCUGCGAUCGAGGAUUUGUGCAGGCGAAAAGGCUGAAUUCGCACAUAAAGAUCGAACAUCCAGAUGUACCGAUGUCGAGUGAGGGAGAGUUUCUUUUCAACGAAGGAGAAGCAAACGGUACCGUUCGAAAAACAUCCUGGAGGAGACAGAGAACGAAACGAUCAGCUAAUAGCAUCGGUUAUGAUGAAGCAUACACCGAACAAGGGGAAGAGGAGGAGCAAGCGGAAGAGGAACUAGAAGCAGAGGAAGAAGGAGAAGAGGAGGAGGAGGAAGAGGUAGAAAUGGAGGAGAGUUUAAGCAUACUGGAAGAUUACGAAGAAGGCGAAGAGGAAGAAAUACAUUCAAACGAGGAGUAUCUGGUGGAUGUGUUGUCCAAUGUUGGUAGCAUGGUCGAUCAGGACGCUUAUGAAGACAUUGGCACUGAGUACGAUGAUGUAGUGAAAGAGGAACCACUGCUCGAAAUUAGUAUCAUGAACCCGGACGAACACGAGAAUCGACAAAUUGAAUAA